AUGCCCUCCUUAUUCUGGCGCCAGUUCGGCGCGCUAUUCGUUAAGAACUGGAUUGUCCUCCGAAGCCAUCUAUUGCUCAAUAUUCUGCGAUGUCUGGUCCUUCCUAUUGCUUACGGAAUCUUCCUGGCCGUCGCACAAGUGUUCCUCGUCAAGCCCAGCAACUUCGGGAUUGGCAACCCCAUUUCCGUCUUCAACCUCUCCGGUCAAUUCGACCCUGAUUUCACGCUUUAUUGGGCCGAUGCGACGACUGGAGAAACGAACACCUUUGCCUCCCCAUCAGAGAUCAUGUCUCGUGUGACCUCUGGUUUCUCUCGCGAGCAACUUGGUGCGGUGAAGCAAGCACCUUCAGCCGACGUCAUCCCCAGCCUUUGCCCUCAGAAUUUCAAUCUGUUUAGCGAAUGUUGGGCCGGUGUCGUCUUCAACUCGCUACCUGCAGAGGUUGGGGCACCGGUGAACUACACUAUACGCGCGGACGGCGGGCUAUUUCAUAUAGAUGUCGUCAGUCACAACAGCGACUAUGAGAAGCGCAUUCUGCCGCUUCAAUGGGCUAUAGACUCGGCCAUCAUAGAACUACGAUCAGGGCAGACAGUGCCCACACCGGAAGAGUGGCCGUUUACGCAGGAGACGAAUGAGGAACAGAGUACUCACACGCGCCUGAGUUAUAUUCGCGGCCUACGGACAUUGCUUGUACUUGCUCUCUUCAUUGACUUCGUCGGGAUCGUCUAUCAGCUUCCAGGAUCAUUCAUGGGAGAACGAGCGUUGGGCUUGACUGCGCACCUGAAAGUGAUGGGACUGCUCGACAGCGCACGUAUCUUUUCAUGGCUCGUCAGCAUCACACUGGCGUACCUUCCGGCUUGGACCAUUGUCAGCAUCAUCUGGCACUUUCAGAUCUUUAGCGGCACGAACGGCGGUCUCGUAUUCGUCGUGCACCUCAUUAUGGGUCUCAGUCUUGCCAGCUGGUCUCUAUUCGUCGGCGCGCCAUUUGGAAACAGCCCGCAGCUAGCGGCGGUGGUCUCUACUUUUCUGUCUAUCGUGUUCGCCAUUUUUGCGCUUGUACUUGGGGCUGUGGGAGACGGAACUUCGUUCAUCUUCACGCUGGUAUUUCCGCCCGCGUACUAUAUCUUUGCUCUCAGAUCCAUGGCCGGCUUCGAGGUACAUCAGAUACCAACAAGCGUGGUCGAUCCGGAUCCAGAUAGCGGAAUGCGCCUUCUGCCCAAUAUCGUCGCGGGCAUCAUCGACAUCUUUCUCUGGCCUUAUCUCGCUGUUCUCCUUGAGAGGAGACUCUACGACGCGCGAAAUCCUCCUUCUGAACGGCAGUCUCGUUGGAGAUUCGGGAGGCGUCACUCCAGUACCAUGAAUAUCGAAGCCACUCCUGUCAUACCUGAUCCGAAUACUGCCAUCUCCGUGCGCAACCUCAGGAAGACCUUCUCGCCUCCGUUCUUUCGGAAGAGCAGAGGUGACGUUGUCGCUGUGGACGACUUGAGCUUUGAGGUACCAAAACAUGGCAUCUUCGUCCUGCUAGGCUCCAAUGGUGCUGGGAAGUCCACGACACUGUCCAUUCUCGCAGGGCUCCUGGGACGCACCUCAGGUACUGUCACAUUCCAAGAUGGAGCAUCACAACCUCCCCGUGGUGCUCUUGGUAUUGUGCCUCAGAAGAACGUCCUCUUCCCUGAACUUACGUGUCUGCAAACUCUGCGGGUAUGGCAGGCGGUGAAGCACUCUGAGGCCGGGUUGAGCGGCAAAGAGGAUCUAGAGCAGCUGCUCCUUGAUUGCGAUCUAAUCGGCAAGGCGGGGUCGAAUGCGAAUACGCUGUCGGGUGGUCAGAAGAGGAAGCUGCAGCUCGCAAUAGGUCUAGUGGGUGGCUCGAAGAUCGUGUUUGUGGACGAGUGCACAUCCGGCGUUGACCCACUUUCCCGUCGGGCACUCUGGCGGACUUUGACUAAUGUUCGCCAUGAGCGAACCGUGAUAUUUACCACCCAUUUCCUCGACGAAGCCGACCUUCUCGCUGACGAGAUUGCUAUCUUGGCUGCUCCAGGGAAGCUGGUGGCCGCCGGUUCACCCGUGUCGCUCAAGUCCUCCCUUGGUGAAGGUUACACCGCCAUCGUCAGUUUCGAGUCGAAGAGCGUGUUCGACCAAUCCAGUGCAGAGGUUCUCGGACGCCUCCGGGUGGUCGCCCCGGAGACCCGGAUGUCGACCUCGCCGCCACAUCGCGCUUUCUACCACUUGCGCUCGAAAGAGACUGGAGAAGUUGAGCGUGCCUUGCAAGUGCUUGAAGAGCAUGGUCAGGACCUUGGUAUCGCUCGCUACGAUAUUCAAGGCACCAGUAUCGAGGACAUUUUCCUCAACCUCAUGCACGACCCGGAGAAGACUUUGGAGGACGAGAAAGUGGAUCCAGUCGUAGAGGAAGCUUCCACGGUGACGCCAACACAGAAGAGCGACGGCGCGGCGUCACCUGCGCUGGAUCACGUCGGCGUGAACCUCAGUUCCACGUUGCAUCUCUCGAACGGGCGCAAGCUAUCGCCACUUCGUCAAGCUACCACCAUCUUCCACAAGCGCUACCUGGUCUUCCGCCGAAGUUGGCUCACGCCCAUUCUCAUGCUUAUCGUCGCGAUUGCCGGUGCUUGCGUACCUCUGUUCUUUAUGGCGAAUCGACCGCAAUCCUGUACAACACGUUUCGUCAAUUCCACUAGCCUAUCCCUCUAUCUGCCGACUUCGCCUAUCAGCUUCUUGUCCUUCCUCGAUUCUGCAAACGCCAUUCGUCAGUACCCACCUGGCCUCAUCCGUGAGCUGGGUAACAGCACUGCGCUCAUCGCGGGUCAAAACUACAGUUCCCUUAAUGCAUUUACGAGCGGCAUCCGCGCGAACUAUCGGAACCUCACGCGCGGUGGCAUAUCCUUGCCUGACACCAAUCAGGCGCUGGUGGCUUGGGAGGCGUCACCACCGGGCAUCACUGGGCCCAUCAUGCUCAACCUGGCAUCGAAUCUUUUGUUCAAUAGGGUCUUGAACUCGGGUCCUAGUGCGCCUACACUCAUACAAGCGUACUAUGAGGCUUUCCCGGCGGUUGAUACUGAGACUCUCGUGGCGCUCAAGUGGGUGGGUUUUUUCGGAGCUGCGAUGGCAGUAUAUCCCGCUUUCUUCUCGCUGUACGUUAGCCGAGAGCGUCGCUCGUCUGUGCAGGCCAUGCAGUUCUCCAACGGGUUAUCAAACCCCGUUGGGUUGUGGCUUGGGCAUGCCAUGUUCGACUCGAUCUUCGUGGUCAUUGUGGCGACGAUCAUCACCAUUAUCUUUGCUGCGGCUUCCAAUCAGUUCCAUGGGCUCGGAUUUGUCUGGAUCAUCUUGACGCUGUACGGUGUGGCAGGUGCCCUCUUCGCCUACGUUGUCAGCCUCAUCACGUCUUCGCCGUUGGCUGCCUUCGCCAUCGCCGCUGGGUAUCAAAUCAUCAUGUUCACUGCAUACAUAGCAGCGUACCUUCUGACCUUGACAUACGCGAAGACAUCCGAGGCGGCGUCCAUCAUCACGAUCAUACACUUCACAUUGUCCAUCGUGGCACCUGUCGCCAGUAUUUUACGAACAGCCUUCGUAUCCGUCAACCUUUUUUCACUCGCAUGUACCGGAGAUCAGUCUGUCACUGCGUCAGAGCUUGGUGUCAUCACGCGAUUCGGCGGUCCCAUCCUCUACCUCAUCGUAUACGCGAUCGCACUCUUCAUCAUCCUUGUCUGGACAGACUCCGGUUCAGUACUGCAUCGAGCCGGUUUACGCUCGACACGGCGCCAACACGAACCGACGACGAUCCAAACUGAUGGCGACGCCCAUGAGGUGGAGAAGGAGGACCAUGAUAGUCUCGAUGGGCGGGAUGCUCUAUGUGUGGACAGCAUCACCAAGACGUUCGGGAGCGGACGACAGGCCAAGACAGUCGUGGACGAUGUCAGCCUUGGUGUAUCAGAAGAUACUAUAUUCGCCUUACUAGGUCCCAACGGCGCCGGCAAGACAACUACAUUCAACAUCAUCCGCGGAGAAGUCAUACCUGAGCGAGGCGAUGUGCUUAUCAACGGGGUCUCUGUCAUCCGACACCCGCGUUCGGCAAGACUCGCGCUCGGGGUUUGCCCGCAGUUCACGGCGAUAGACACUCAACUCACUGUUCGCGAGCAUCUACUCGUGUAUGCGCGCCUCAAAGGUCUCGGCCGGCUUGCAGGACACGACGUUGAAGCUCUCAUGGAAGCGACUGCGCUCGCUCAGUACGCAGAUCGACUGGCCAGUCAGCUAUCUGGUGGAAAUCAACGGAAACUGGCUCUUGCCAUCGCCCUGAUUGGUAACCCUUCAGUUGUCCUAAUCGAUGAAUUCUCUACGGGUAUCGACGCGAAGAUGAAGCGUGACAUGUGGAUCACCCUCAGACGAGUGGCAGUUGGCAAAGCUAUUGUCAUUACAACUCACUCGAUGGAAGAAGCAGCAGCUCUAGCCGGUAGAGUUGGUAUCAUCGCCAAACGCUUAUUGGUGUCCGGCACGACCGACGCCCUCGUUGACCGUUUUGCGGCGUACGAAGUUCAUCUCUCCGCUCGCACGCGCGAAGACCUGGAUCGCGCUCGCGGCCUUAUCGCCCGAAUACCUGGAGCACGAAUGGCCGACGACGUUGCGACGCGACUAGAGGUCCCAAUCACGAGCGAUCUGUCGCUAUCUCAACUCUUCCACAUCUUAGCCACCCAGAGCGAGUUCUCUGAUUACAGCGUAGAGCGCGCGUCGCUCGAAAGCGUGUUCCUGAAGGUCAUCCGGGACAACAAUGUCAAGGAGAGCGAAGAAGAGGCGUCUCGGCGACAAAGUGGAUUCAUAAGCGUAUUACGAUCUUGCUUUUCACGGACAUGA